AUGCUUGUCGUAAAAUUGCUUCUCAUCUUUGCUAUUGUUCAAUGCAGUUCUUUGAAUAUUUUCUUAAGUAAAUUGGAUAAUUUACUUGACUUCUGUUUAAUGAAUCAAAAUAGUGUAGAUUCUGGCACUGUUUUAGGCAUUUCUUUCGCCAAGGUUAUUCUUUUGAAAACAGACAACGAAGCGGAAAUUCAAGGUUUGAUAAAUAAGUGUGAAUCCAUCGUUGAGAAUUAUUAUUUGUCUACUUACACAACUUCCAGUAGAUCUGACGUCAUCGUUAAAACGAUUAUUAGAUCAUCAAAUCAUCUUUUAAGAUUUCCGUUGGGGCAUGCAGCGAAUUUUAAACGACGCAACGCUUUCAAGUCUUUGGAAGAGUAUUUGAAGCUCUCAAAUGAUGUUCAAAAUCAGCCUAAUGGUGAUCAAUCAGAUGCAUGCUUGUUAGAGACGUUAAAAGGUUGUGCAAUAUCAAACGAGUGUCGUCGAAUUGAAAAUUAUCGAAGGAAAUCAUUUAAUUAUUCAUUGACCCACAAAUUAAUUUUCCACCUUUUCAAUCAUCUCAUUUGUAAAGCUGACAACUUUGAUAAUAUUUCGCAUAAACUUUGUUCGGACAUUUAUCAGGAAUUAAAUUUUAUGGUUGAUAAAGUUUCAGACGUUCGUGAACUUAAAGAUUUGAUGAUGGAACAAAUAUUUUUAUGCGGCUUCUCUGGAUUUAAUGACUUUUUGAAGAAUGAUUGGAUUAAAUCAAUAAUCAUGUGGCAGUUUAAUUUGGGAUGUUUUUCUUAUGACAACUUCAACUGCUCAAGUCAUAUGACUGGAGUUGGUGCUGCUAACUUGGCGCUUUUUGGGGCAGUUUUACAUGAAGGAAAUUCUGUAAACUUUGAAAAUAACUUCCAAGUUAAAACGAAGAAAUUUUAA